UUUUCCCUUCGUCCCCUUUAGCGGUGAAGGUGCAACAGUAAUCGGUCGUCCCGAAGCCGGGUUCAUCCGACACCCUCACCACCCAAGCCGAGCUGAGCUCAACCUCCGCGGCAGCAGCAUGCCUCCCAAAUUCGACCCCAACGAGGUUAAGAUUGGUACGUUCUCAAUAAAAGCAGCCGAGACCUGCUCGGAGCCAAGAUGGAGGCCCCGCGCCGCGGUUUCCUCCGGGCCGCGCGGCCGCUGAGCGGCGUGCGGGGAGAAAUGUGUACAUGAGGUGCACCGGAGGAGAGGUCGGCGCCACCUCUGCUCUGGCCCCCAAGAUCGGCCCCCUGGGUCUGUCUCCCAAGAAAGUGGGUGAUGACAUCGCCAAGGCCACCGGGGACUGGAAGGGCCUGAGGAUCACCGUCAAGCUGACCAUCCAGAACCGGCAGGCCGCGAUCGAGGUGGUUCCGUCUGCGUCGGCGCUCAUCAUCAAGGCCCUGAAGGAGCCGCCGCGCGACCGCAAGAAGGUCAAGAACAUCAAGCACAGCGGCAGCGUGACCUUCGACGAGAUCGUGGGCGUGGCCCGCAUCAUGAGGCCCCGCUCCAUCGCCAGGGAGCUCUCCGGAACCAUCAAGGAGAUCCUGGGAACCGCCCAGUCGGUGGGCUGCACCGUGGACGGGCGCCACCCCCACGACGUCAUCGACGACAUCAACAGCGGCAAGAUCGAGUGUCCUUCCGAGUGAAGAACCGCCGCCAAUAAAACCUUCGACCAACCGA